AUGGACGCAUCCAUCUCCCGCGAGCUGUCCAAGCUCGACCCCGCGGUCCCGUUCCGCGCAACCGCCGACCACCUGCAUCAUACUUGGGCCAAGACCUUCUUCUCUCGACCGGAGCUCUACGUUCGCCCUCAAUCCAUUGCGGAAAUCCAGCAACUAGUUACUCUCGCCCGCCGCUGUCGCCGCCGUCUGGUCACCGUCGGUAGUGGCCACUCCCCGUCCGAUUUGACCUGUACCUCGUCCUGGCUCGUCAACCUCGAUGACUUCAAUCGCAUUCUGCAUAUCGAUACCGAGACUCGCUUGGUGACCGUUGAGGCUGGAAUUCGCUUAUACGAGCUGGGCCCGAAGCUGGAAGAGCAAGGGUUGACACUGGAAAACCUGGGCAGCAUUGACAGUCAGUCAAUAGCGGGUGUCAUUGCCACCGGCACCCACGGCAGCUCUUUGCGCCAUGGUCUGCUCUCGGAAUGUAUCGAGUCGCUAAGCUUGGUGCUAUCGAACGGCCAGCUAGUGCGCUGCAGUGCGACCAACAACCCGGAUCUCUUCCGUGCCGCGCUGGUCUCUCUGGGCGCGCUUGGAAUUGUGGUCGAAGUGACCUUCAGGGCCAGGCCUGCGUUCAACAUCGCCUGGCGCCAGGAGAGAUACUCUCUGUCCAAGGUGCUGAGCGAAUGGUCCACUGGACUGUGGACAUCGCACGAGUUUGUCCGUGUCUGGUGGCUGCCUUAUGAGAAGGGCGCGAUCGUCUGGCGCGCUGAUCCGACCGACCAACCUCUUCGCGCACCACCCAAGAACUUCUAUGGCGAGUGGUUCGGCUACCACGUUUACCACAACCUCCUUGCACUGUCCUCCUACUUCCCCCGUAUCCUGCCCUGGAUCGAGUGGUUCAUUUUCGGCAUGCAAUAUGGGUUCCGCCCGGGUGCAACCGUUACCGAGGCUGUCGAGCCGGCGCGCGCCGGUCUGCUGAUGAACUGCCUGUACUCGCAGUUCGUCAACGAGUGGGCGCUUCCCCUCGAGAAGGGCCCCGAGGCCAUCAUCCGCCUCUCCGCGUGGCUGCACGGGGAUCUGGAGACCGCACGCAUUCCCUUCUCCCCCAAGGGUCUGUGGGUGCACUGCCCAGUCGAGGUGCGAGUGUCGGAUUCGAGCAAGAACCCCAACCCGCGUCCUUUCCUAGAUCCAACGUGCCGCAACGAGCCCACGCUCUACCUAAAUGCAACUCUGUACCGGCCGUAUCUCCGAGAUCCGCCUUGCCGUCAGCGGUACUAUGAGGCCUUCGAGUGGCUCAUGCGGGACAUGGGCGCUAGACCUCACUGGGCGAAGAACUUUACCACCCUGGAUUCUACCGAGCUGCACCGACUAUACAAGGAUGAUAUGGAUCAGUGGCUGAAGGUGCGGCAAGAGGUUGACCCGGAAGGCAUGUUCUUGGGUGAAUGGCAUUGUCGCAACUUGCCCGUGGUCGCUCCCUCCGACCACGAUGACCAGCUGCCUCUGGUGGAGCGUGAGAGCCAACGUCGCAAGGUGGACAUCAGCGGUGCUGGUGAUGGCCUCGAGUGGAUUGGCGAACGUCGGUGGCAGAGUGAAACUCAUUUGGAAGAGGAUCGCAUGUCUGAGCUGCCGCCCGACCAUUCAGCGCCUAGUCCACCAACCACGGCGACCAGCGAGGAAAGUUUUGAUUUGCUUGCCAAGGGCGAAGCCAGCAUCUUGCUUCAUGGUGCGUGA